UUUUUACUCUCUGGGCACAUGUUCAUCUGGUUAGAUACCUGCUAUCCACCACAACAACUCCACAAGAGUGUAUACUUUAUGCCACAAAUGUCUGGUCUUUUUGAUAAAUCCUCUAUAAGCAUCGGUGGUCCUCAAUAGUAACUUACCCUUGUGGCACACCACACAGGAAUUAGUUGGCUUGUUUGUUUUGUUUUUUCUUCAGCCGGACAUUUGACACCACACGGUUAUUUCGAACCGUGAGCUGUCUCUGCUCGAUGCCGAAGCGUUUCUGCUUCUGAAUUCAUGAUGCUUUAAACGCGCCGGGGCCUUUGCACACUUCUGCUUUUUGUCAACUACAAGGAGGGCCCGCAAAGUGCUGUUGCAAACAAAAGAGGGAUAAAAUAUUUUUUUGCAGCUGUUCACCACAUAUAGUAUGCUACGGAUAUGGAAUGGCUUCAUUCUGAAGCAUGAGAAAUAUUUUCUCCGCUAAAAAAAUGAGAUAUAAGAGCAAAAGGAAAGGAAAGCCUUUUAAUCACCUUUUGGAAGGUGAACCACAUAAAUGCAAGACACUGUGCGUCAGCCAUCUCAGAGACUGACAGGGACAGCUGUGCCCUGUCCAUGAGAGCGAAUGCUUGAAAUGAGCUCCCUGGAAAAGCUCCAUACAGGACGAGGAAGCAUGCAGGGUCACGGCAGAUUCUCGGAUGGCUUUAGUGACUGCGGCGGCAGCUUUAUGGACGACACGGACAGAGAAGUGAGCAACCUCACCGAUCGUGCCUUCAGGAGCCUGUGCAUCGGAGAAGAGGCCAUAUACAAUGACACUGAAUUCUCUUCUCCUACGGAACGCCAUAAGGCUUUCGGAGAGGAACAGCAGCAGAAGACGGAAAGUUCAUACGGCGUUGGGGAGGUGGGAGCACAGUCUGAGACGGCCUCGACAUUCCAACAUUCCUAUGUGGAUGUAACCCAUCAGGAGCAGGUGUUUAAAGCGGGAAGUUUGUCUUAUACAAACAAUGGCUCGAAGGAGGUGACGUGGCAGCAGGGCAGAAGUGCAUCAAGGGUUUCCUCUCUAAUCAAAGCCUUUAGUUCUGGAGAGUGUUACCAGGAUAGAGGGGCAUAUGAUGUUAUAAUGGCAAAGGAUAAUUUUAGAGACCCCGGGCAUGAAUCGUGGGACAAAUCAGCUCUGUUAAACAUUCAUAGAGACCUUUCCGAGUUCUCCUCAGGAUACCAUCAGAAUUUUAUGUCAGGCCCAUUUCAGACUUACAGAAAUCAUUUUUAUACAUCAGAUGUGGCCGCUGCCGUUGCCCAGAUGGACACAGCGGUCAUGAUGAAAUCUUCGCAAAGUAAGUUCAAAGCACUGAACUCUACAAACAGUUUUUUCCACAGCGAAUUCAGUCCCUUCCAGCUAUGGGAGGACUACAACAGGUUCCCAUUUGAAAGCACAAAAACGCCAGGUUUUAUGUCAGCGAACGAAAUCCCUAGGUGGUACGAUUCUCCCAUGUACAAAGAGCUAAAGGACACCCACACAAUUCCAAACUACUCCCUGUGCGAAAGCAGGCGCUUCAGUCAGGACGUCAUCCAAAGUCAGCGCUCCAGGUCCACGGUCAUGCAAAAAGCUUACGCCGUCGAGAAAAGGUGCGAAUCUGAGACGGCCUCAAACUGUCCGCCCUGGAAGAAAAGUAAUAACUUUGUUAAGAACAAACUUCCGAGCAACCGACCCUCCACGGUCUCACCGACUAAUGAGAAAACAUGUAGGCCAGAUUCUAGUUUGUUUGGUAACACCAAAGUUACACAAGAGUUUCAACACAAAGUUGAGAAAGUUGUUGACAGCGCCCAGCCUAGCAAUGUGACACCAUUUAACAUCACUCAGCUUCUCACACCAGUGAUUCACAAUAGACAAGAAACAGAAACGUCUGAAAUCCAGCAGACUCCACACACUCCCUCCCUUUCGGAUUGUUCCCCUCAGGGUGAAGCUGACCCGAAAUCUCUGUCUGAUGCGAAACUUCUGCGUGACAGUUACAAAACCAAAGCUUCAAGUUUGCUCUUCAACCUUAAAGACAAUCGAAAACGAGUCAAAAGCACAUACAGUCCCACUAAAUUUAAAGGUUUGGAGGUAACAGAUCGAAACAAGCAGCCCUCCAAGUUGGAAGGACGUGAAUCCAGAUUUUCAGAUCUUCUAUCCCCAGAAACAGCUCAGGAGAGUUUUAUAGAAAUAGACCCAUGGACUUCCAAAAACCAAAUCCAAGAGCACAGCAUAGCCCCCUUCACCCCUAAAAAUCAUGUCGGUGAUAAUUUGACUUUAACUUCCCCUCAAAUUCCGAAUGGAGCUCGUAAUUACAACUUCCACCAUGGAAGUUCACAAGGUCACUUUCUCAGCCCAGAUCUGCUGACUAACACAGAAAGUACUCAGCGUGAGCUCUCAUCACACAACCUUUCAACACAGGAUAAAAGCUCGGUGACUUCAGAAGGUCAAUUAAAAGACCUCAGCAGUACUGUUAGUCCUACUAGACCAGAAAUAGCAAAGACUCACUUACCAGCACAUCAAACAUCAGAGCAGAGAUUUGGUUCGAGUCAAAAUGAUCCAAAACAAAGACAGGACUAUGUGAGGGAAACACAUUUGGAGUACAACCAAAAUGAAGCUGUUAAAGAAAGAAGUCUGUGGGACCAGACUGGUUCUGUAAAUUCCACAGACAGGGAAACUUUAACUAUCAAUGGCAGAUGUGAAGCAGAGCCGUUUAAGGGAGAAACAGCAUCACAGAUUCAAACGGACAAACAAAAAGCCAUUGCCAAGCAGUACUCGCCAUCUACAAACAAUAGUUUUUCUAUUCGAAAGGAAACUUACAUGCAAAAAGUGAAUGAAGAUAUAAAACUGGGUCGACUUGCAAAGGAAGAAGACCCAACAUUCAGGAAAACCUACAGUGAUACACCUGUGGUACACGACAACCAAUUAAACACAUUUUCAAAGGACAACUACCAAAAUAAAGCAUCAUCUCCACCAAAGGAAGGGCAAGCCUAUAGGGGUUUACAAAAAUACACCGUCAAGAACGAUCUUGUAGAGAUGCUGCAUUCAGAAAGAGAUUCACGUGCGUCUUCUAAAAGAAAACCAACACAAAAGACAUCUGAACAGAGAGCUCUGUAUGCACCUUCAGAUGAGAAUAAAGAUCCAAAUGUUUCUUAUCAGCAAUACAGGUAUGAGGCAAACAAACAGUGGCGCAUGACAUCAGGAAACGAAGAUAAGCAUAUUAAAGACAAUGCAUGGACAUUAGAGAAAACAGCAGAGAUGCUGGAACAUAAUGGUACCAAGGAUAACAUUUCCAGUAGGUUGUCAAGUGCGCAGCAAAACAUGCUACAAAAAACAAUGGUGAGCCAAAAAGAGUUGCAUGCAAAUUCUGCUUCACAGGAUAAAGUUUCAGUAAACAAAAUCUCAGAUCAAAAUACUAGUGUACCAUCUAGAAAAGAAGACCGAUUCUGCAUCAAUGAUAUUCUUGCCAUAAGAGAUAAUGAGCAUGCAAAUAGUAUAAAGGAGAAGAACGUUUCUGUUGGUGAUCUGGCAAGAUCUGAAAAUCCACAAAAUCUAAUAAAAAAUGACACAGCUGAGCAGAAACCAAACAUAACCGGGGCAAUUAAAGAGCAAGAGGCUCAGGGCUACAAAGUACCAGACUAUAGCCCAGCAGCUGGAUAUCUGAAAAAAGAUCUUAAUAACGUAAACGAAGGCCUGGCAAAUAUUAACAUGGACAGAAAAGACAAACUGAUGUGCAAAAACAAUGACAGAGUUGCAACAGGAGCACUUGCUUACAAGGAAAGAGGCCAAAGCAAACAAGAAAUACUGACAUCUAAAUUGACAGCACAAGCUCAGAAGGAAAUAUUAGCAAUUAAAGAAAAGGGUUUUGGAAAACGAGGCAUUUUUGCAAGAAAUACAACAAAACAGAGUAUGAGUAUUAGCAGUGAAACAGUGCAUGAUGGUCAAGAGGGUCAUACUGCGAAGAAAGAAAAAGAAAUCACAGCAGAUAGGCUAAAACAUUUGUUUCGGGAUAUCACUUAUUCGAGUGUAACCCAACAUAAAGAAGUUAUUAAAACACACAAUGAUCAUCCGGCAUAUGGAUCUCCCCCAUCAAGGGAACAGCAAUCCAUGGAAUCUCAAGAAGCCAUUCCGACUGUAGCUUCGGAUAAGAAAAGUUUGGCUACAGAAAGGCAGAGGGACUCUUUAAAGCAUGACAGACGUCCGGCUGGUGAUGAAGAGACAUCAAAAGAAGCAUUUAUAAGAAAUGAACAAGUGAAAAAUAUUAAAACCUACCAGCCAGCCAGAAUCACAGAAGACACACAAAUAGGUAGGAUAGGCUUAAUAGAUAUCAAUCCUAAGGAGCAGCUAGCAGCCACAUCACCCUUUGAGGCAAAGUUAAAUAGACAUUUGACACCAUCAGUCAAGACAGAGAACUACACAUCCCAUAAUCCACCUGCACUCCAUUCUGAAAAUCAAACGAUGCAGACUGAAAAGAGAAAUCGUCAAGCUCAAUAUAAAUACUCUGAACAAGUUGUGACUGAACCUAAAGAUAUCUUUACUAUCAAAAAGGAUGACAAGUCUCCGGCUAAAAGCAUUGAAGAUCAAAAAGUGAACAGUGGUUUGAAUCAAACCUCUCAAAAGAGCACUGAUGAGCAACAGGACAUUUUGGGAUUGGACAGAUAUGUACCCAAAGUUGAAAAAUCUACUGUACAUCAUAACAGUGGGCUUACUGCUGCAGUAGAGCAGUCUAAAAAUGAACCUAUUAAAAAUAGCUGUGGGAUUAAAGUUAGUCAAAUGACAUCCUCAUCAAAUGACAUGAUGGUUCAAAAUGGAAAUCCACCUGCUAAACUUCUAACCGAAUCUGCCAAAUCGCAGCUUACCGUUAAACCUCAAACCAAUACAAUGAAUCCAGAUGAAGAGCAGUUUAAAAAUAGAAACUAUAUGCAUAGUUCUGGACUCAAUCCAGGUAUGAAAGCAACAUCAUCAGUGGAGACUACUGAAAACAACACCGUAACAACAAAUGACCUGGUCUUACCAAAAACAAAAGAUCUAGAAACUCUAGAAAGUUUGGUUAAAGAUGCAGAAGCAGCAAUAAGCAAGAAUAAUACAACAAGCAUAAAUGAUGUAAAACAAAAUAAAAUUUCUCCAGUAAAGGCUGUGGAAACUGCACCUGCAGACAAAUUGUUGGUGAGUCAGUCAGAAUCAGAAACAAAUAAGAAAUCACUGAAACAAAUGCCAUCAGAUGAUGCAAAUGAAAGCCUCCAUAAGAAGGAAAAUGCAAAGGAACUUCGAGAAAGUGCCAGCGACACAUAUAAAGAAGACCUACUAAGACCAAUAGGAACUGCAUAUAAAGACGAGAAUCCUGAGUCGGUGAAAGAGUCUCAAAAAGUGACACCUGAAAACACAAUAAGUAAUCUCCAUAAAGUAGCCAAAGAUUCGACAGAAGUAAACACUUCCAUCCAACAUACAGUUUCGACUGGGGAGGAAACAACUCAAAAGGAUAAUACAGACCUGGUUUCCAUGCAGAAUGUGGAUUUCACAGAAAAUGACUCACAUACUGAAGAGGAGCCUGCAGAAGAACCCAUGAUAUUCAAUAUUUUUGUGUCAAGCAAAACAGAAAACCCUUCAAAUGAUGAACCUAUGAUAUUUACCAUAUGUGUGUCAAGUACAAUUUACAGUGAUGAGCAACAAAAUCCAGUACAAGAAGAAGAUAAAAGUUCUGCUAAAACUGAGAUAUGUGUGAUAAAAGUUGAUAGCAUUGAAAAAGAUCAAGAUGGAAAUAAGAGUAUUGAUCAUAGAAAGACUGAACUGUCAUCAAACAUUAAUGCAGAAAAAGAAACCAUGGUUAGAAACUCUGAGCAACCUGCGCAAACAUCUAUGGAAAACCAAGAUAAACCGAAUGAGGGCAUGGAUAAACACUGUAAACCAACUGAGAUAGAGAAUAUCAGUACAUCUAAUGAGAACCUCAUGGCGAAAUAUGAACUUCCUGACAGAAAUCACAGUCAUCUCAACAGAUCUCUGGAAUCAAAAGAGAAAAGCUCAGAUGAUAUAAACACACAAAUACAUGCAGAAGAGUUAAGAAAAACAUCAGAUCAGCAAGCGUCCCUCAGAGAAACACAACUUUUAAAGAAGAAUGACAUUGAAAUUAAGCAGCAAGCAAACAGUCCAGUAAAAGAACAACAUUGUGAUAUCCCUUCAAUAACUGUCCUGUCCAAAAUGUCUGAAAAGCAACAGAUUACAGAAAACGACAAAUUGAAGCUAGCUACUUGUUCAAGAAAUGACACUCUAAUACCAAAAGAUGCAAAAAAUGGUGAAAAACAAGAUCACGACACUGAGAAUAUUGAAGCAAUGAAGCAAAGCAGGAGAACUGGUGAUAGUCAGUUAAAGGAUAAGAAAGUUGAAGAACAAGUGAGAAACACAGAGAAAGUACAAAGAUUGAGAAAGACAGAAAACAUUACUGACGAUGUCUCUACUAGAAAGUCCCCAUUGAAAAUUGAAGAUGUGUCCUUGACAGCUAAGGAACCUGCAGCCACUAGUGAUUCAACAAAAACAGCAACGACUGCUGAGGUUUUAAAGACAUCUAUUUCUAAUGCAACUGUGGCAAAGCACACAUUCAACACCAAACUGACUGAAACUACAGGUAUCAGGCAGACAUUGUCUCAUGUCAAAGAUACAUUUCUGGUCCAAAAUACCACCACAAAAGAUCAGAAAACCGAGUAUGCAAAACAAGAUGAUUGUACGGGGACUGUGCAAAGACACUCUGUUUCAGCCAUAACCAGACAGAGUGAAAAUACAGGUACUGGGCAGGCAUUGUCUCAUGCCACUAAGAAACCUCAAAAGGUAGACAAUGGAGACAAAAGGUCAGAUACAUUUCUUGUCCAAAAUACUAUCACAAAAGAUCAGAAAAUUGAGUAUGCGAAACAAGAUGAUUGUACUGGGACUGUGCAAAGACACUCUGUCUCAGCCAAAACCAAGCAGAGUGAAACUACAGGUACUGGGCAGACAUUGUCUCAUGCCACUAAGAAACCUCAAAAGGUGGACUGUGAAGACAAAAGGUCAGAUGCAUUUCUGGUCCAAAAUAAUACCUCAAAAGAUCAGAAAACCGACUAUGCAAAACAAGAUUAUUGUAAGGGGACUGUGCAAAAAUACCCUGUCUCAGCCAAAACCAAGCAGAGUGAAACUACAGGCACUGGGCAGACAUUGUCUCAUGCCACUAAGAAACCUCAAAGGUUAGACAAUGAAGACAAAAGUUCAGAUACAUUUCUGGUCCAAAAUAAUACCUCAAAAGAUCAGAAAACCGACUAUGCAAAACAAGAUGAUGGUACGGGGACUGUGCAAAGACACUCAGUCUCAGCCACAACAAAGCAGAGUGAAACUACAGGAACUGGGCAGACAUUGUCUCAGGCCACUAAGAAACCUCAAAAGGCAGACAAUGAAGACAAAAGGUCAGAUGCAUUUCUUGUCCAAAAUAAUAACUCAAAAGAUCAGAUAGCGGAGUAUGCAAAACAAGAUGAUUGUACGGGGACUGUGCAAAGACACUCUGUCUCAGCCACAACAAAGCAGACUGAAACUACAGGUACUGGGCAGACAUUGUCUCAUGCCACUAAGAAACCUCAAUGGGUAGAUAACGAAGACAAAAGGUCAGAUACAUUUCUGUUCCAAAAUAAUAACUCAAAAGAUCAGAUAGCGGAGUAUGCAAAACAAGAUGAUUGUACGGGGACUGUGCAAAGACACUCUGUCUCAGCCACAACAAAGCAGACUGAAACUACAGGUACUGGGCAGACAUUGUCUUAUGCCACUAAGAAACCUCAAAAGGUAGACAACGAAGACAAAAGGUCAGAUGCAUUUCUGGUCCAAAAUAAUACCUCAAAUGAUCGGAAAACCGACUAUGCAAAACAAGAUUAUUCUACUGGGACCGUGCAAAGACACUCUGUCUCAGCCACAGCAAAGCAGAGUGAAAAUACAGGUACUGGGCAGACAUUGUCUCAGGCCACUAAGAAACCUCAAAAGGUAGACAAUGAAGACAAAAGGUCAGAUGAAUUUCUGAUUCAAAAUACUAUUACAAAAGAUCAGAAAAUCGACUCUGCAAAACAAGAUUAUUGUGUGGGGACUGUGCAAAGACGCUCUGUUUCUGCCAAAACCAAGCAGAGUGAAACUACAAGUACUGGGCAGACAUUAUCUCAUGCCACUAAGAAACCUUAUAAGGUAGACAAUGAAGACAAAAGGUCAGAUACAUUUCUGGUCCAAAAUAUUAUCACAAAAGAUCAGAACAUUGAGUAUGCAAAACAAAAUGAUUGUACGGGGACUGUGCAAAGACAGUCUGUUUCAGCCAAAGAUGCACAAGUCCUGCAAAACCUCAUAAAGGGAGAUUUGGAGGAGAAAAAGACAAAGCCAGACAAGAAUCAAGCUGGAUUUAACACACAUAAUGAAAUUACAAACAGGAUGAAGAUGGUUUCAAAAAAUGGGGCUAGCACACAUGUUAACAAUUAUUUGGGAAAAGGGAGUAUUAUUGGGGAGGAUGUGUGUGCUGUUGUAAAACGCGACCAGACUUCUUUUGAAGUUCCAAAUAUUCACUUAAAGGACAUAAGAUUGCCUACAAAUAAAGUGUCAUCAAAACAAGAACUUAUCGAAGACCACAAAAAGAAAGAAAGUCAGAGGGAAACGAGGGAAGGUGUUGUGACUGAAAAUAUGGGUAAUAAAGACUUUACAAAGCAAAGAAAUUUACAAGUAAAUAGCCUUAUAGCUCAAAAUAUAUGGAUGGAUAAUAUGAAAGAAACAGGUGAAAGGACCCCCAAACAAAAAGAUUAUUUAGGAAAAGAAAUCACACCGCCUAAGAAGGAUAGUCAGAGGCGAAUGUCACCUCUUCUAAAACAGGAAGCAGUUCAGAAGCAAGAGAGAAAAAACAGUGAUAAAAUACAGAAAGAGGACUCUGGUAUACUACGUCCAAGUGGACAUUUAAACAAUGAUGGUAAUUUGAAGGUUAAUGAAAACAGAAGCAGCUUCAGAGAGAAGAAAGAGAGAAAUAGUGAGACUAUUACAGACCAGCAUCAGUUAGGAAAAGGUAUUUUGGAACCAAAAGGAAAUGUAAGUUAUGCUAGUCAGCAGGACAACAAGAGUGAUGUUAUACCAUCCAAACCAGAGGCUGCACAGAAGAACAAGAAGGUAACUAGACCAGAAAUAUCAGCUUUAGCAGACUACGCUAGACUGAGAGUUAUCUCAGUUGAGAAUGAUACAAAGGAGACUGAUAUACUACCCAAAAUUGACUUUUACUACAGUCAUGACCAUUCAGUUAGAGGACUUCCCCAAAACGCACAUGGAAAUGUGUCUUUCUUGGACCCGGUUGGAGAAUUUAAAGGAGAGGCUCAUUCAGUUGAAAGGGAGAAAGGUAAAAAUCCCAAACCAUUGCAAUUUCUACAAAGGGACAAAGAGACAUUUUCACCACAAAAUCGCUCCAAUUCCAGCUUUUUUUCUGCUCAACCAAAACUGACAGAUAAAGAAUCAAACACCAAACCAAGUUUCAUGGAAGAAACAAACAGGGAAGUACAUCACAAAAUUUCCCAGUCCAAGAAUCUCCAUGCUGAAAACCAUUUAGCAUUGCAAGCUGAAGCUAGAAGUGGUCAUUUUAGAUCAAGACAAGUCGAUCAUGAAAAGGCUACUGAAAAUGUUCCUCAUUCUGUAAGACAAAAAUCCCCCUUGCCACUCCAAGCUGUUUCUGCUACAGUAAAAACAGAGCAGAACCCAAUAAAUACAAUAUCACCAGCUAGGGAGGAAACAGAAGAACUACAAUAUUACACCGUGAAUGCUCUUGACAGUGAUGUAAAGCUUAAAGAAACACCUAAACCACCUCAAGACACCUCAAGAUCUGAACCGCCUUCAAGCCUUGACAAGAUAACCCACAACAAAGAUGGGGCUCAUAAAUCCGAAGAAGAGAUAAAUGAAGACAGAUCUUUUUUGCAGAGUCUGUUAGAAUAUGGGAAAGUUCAAAUGACAGGACCACGAUCGAACUCUUCUUCUCCAGCUAUGGGAAAACCCACUAUGUUCAAAGUGAAGGACAAUACCAUCAGAACUUCAUCUGUGACCAAAACGGUCAAGCCAUGCUUUCACAGGUCCUUCUCAGAUGAUUUCAGUAUGGGCUCUCCAAUGGAACACCUUAGUGGUUCCGAAAAAGGAGACGAGGAACAUAUUCAACCUGUUAACUCUCCGGUCAUACAUGAACCAGCCACCGCCUCCCAAUGGCUUUCGAAAUCAAGAGAGACACGACCCCAAAACAUUUUGCCCUCAGCAGAAUUUGCAGCAAAACAACUAAAGAGCCACCAGAGAAGCCAAAAUCUGGAGGAUGAAGAUACUCGAUGUGUGAUGUCAGAAGAUGUAGUUAAUGUAAGGGCGCCCUACUCACCCAAGAUUUUUAGAGAAAUUCAUAGAAACACCUACCAAAGGCCUGCCUCAGCCUGCUAUGAAAGACCAGAGUCAUCCUGUUACGAAAGGCCAGAGUCAGCUUGUAGCGAUAUCAGACCACUGGGUAAGCCGCCAUCCGUGCCUCCUAAAACAGAAAAAGGUCUUCGACGAGCGCAAAGGCUUACUACAAGACGUAUGAAAAAGGCAGAGAACAAGACAACACCUGAAAAUCAAGAACAGUUGGCGCCCGAACCUAUCAGAAAUGUCUCCACUGUCCCCUCAUCGUCAUCACUGUCAAAACAUCUACCAGUACAAGCCACGCCCCAUCUUUCCCACUAUAGCGCCGAGUCAAAUUUUACAACACCUAUGCACGGUAUGGUGGCUCAACCUUUCACUAUGACGCAAAGAAAGCUUUUGCAAGAUCCAAACUCAGGGCAGUUUUUUAUGGUGGACGUGCCGUUAGCAGUUAAGACAAAGACAUUUUAUGACCCAGAGACAGGGAAAUACGUUCAGCUCAAUAUCCGCCCAAGGUCCCAGAGCGCCCACUCGCACCCAACGCCCGUAGAGGUGUUGAACGGUCCGUACAUGUUGUAUCCUGGAUUUCUGCCAGUGCCUGCCUCUUCAUUACCAUCAAUAAGGCCGUCAUCCCAGCUGUCAGCACCAACUACAGUAACCGGUGACCAGUUUGACCCAGGUACUGAUGUAUGGAAACAGACUCAGCAAAAAUACAGCAUAAAUUCAAGGGGACAGCCUGAAUCUGCCUACAGGUCUUAUGAGCACAUUCGUGAUCCGUCUUUGAAUGCGCAAAACAACUUCGGUGGUAGUGAAAGACGUACCGAUAUUAUAACUAUGAGUGAAUUAGAAGACUUUGCAAUGGAGAGCGCGUGACUUGUCCAGGCGGUUUAGUGUAGUUAGGCAAGAUACUGUUUGUACACAUGACUGUAUAUCUAAGCUAAUGAAAUGUGACUUUUGAAUAAGUUUUAAAAACUGUUUUUGAUGUUUAUGUAAGGCUUGCUGUUGGACUGACUGGCUGUUUUAUAGCUGAGGUGUUUUAUUGGAGGAGCAGCUAGGGCUAUUUAUUUUAAGAAAAAGUCUAGGAAAGAACUGUGAAGCAUUCCAUUUAAUUAUGUUAUGUUGAAAAUUAUUUUGCAGUGUAAUUGUUUAUAAUACAGUAAAGACUGUGCCCUCAGAAAACAGUAACUUGUUAACAUUUCUAAAGCAACUUUUACUGUUGAAUACUAAUACAAGCCAGACAAAUAAAAAAAAACUAAAGCAUCAUUACACCAAGACAAAUGUUGAAGCUGUUAAGUUAUUUUACUCAAAGUUAAUGGCAAACAAUAUGCAUGGAAAUUGUGCAAUAUGAAAGUGUGUCAGGAUUAACCCUUAAAUUAUUGCCUACUUCUCACUUGAUGUGCUUUGGCAUAUUACAUAUUAAAAAGGGUGGUAUUUACCUUGCUUUACCUUGCUAUUGAUGUAUGAAACAAUUACCUUAUAGACAAAUACUGCAAUGUACUACUUUUACAGUCUUUCAGAAGCUCAUUACAUCAUCUGGCUAUUAAAGAAAGAUAUGAAAUCAAA